GAAGCGAUAUGAGUAGGCUACGUACGGAACCGCUGUAGCUGUUAUGUAACGAACCUGUCCCCGUCCACAGUUGGCUUCUUCAAGGGUCUUGUUUAUUUCUAAAUCAUUACUAGUUAAAUGCAGAUUGAGCAGCGGGAUUAUAGCAGUUAGGUGAGUGCUCCAAGUCCGUUGUAAAUACGAUUCUAAAAGUUGCUCCUCGUGUACUUAUUAAAUUUCUUUAACGUUCAUUACCUAUAAUGUUAGAACUAUAAUUUCAUCCGAUUAUCAAAAAUGUUUUACUUGUGAAGAUCAGUUCUAUUCUUUUUCAACCUUACCUGUACCAAAUGAUAGGUAAACAACUUACUACAAUACAGUUAUUUUAUAAACCAAAAUUCAACUUCAACUUACAUCUUGUGUAAGUAGGAAUCCAUGAUGAUGAAAACACAACUGAAACGACAAGUGUGAUGUCCGAUAACCGAAAACUGUUACUGUUGACACCUCAGUCGGAUGACUCGCAAUUACUGUACAGCAGCCAGCAGUGGCAAUCAGCAGGAUUAGGAUUGGACCCAGAUCAAGAGGAAGCGGCCGCCAGUGACCCAGAAAGUGAUUCUUACAACUUCAUGACACAAUUCAAACAACCUGCUAUGCCAGAGAAGUUAUUCAAAGUUAUAGUGAUUGGUGAUCCAACAGUGGGAAAAACUUCAUAUGUUCAACGCUAUGUUCAGAACUCUUACAGUAAAGAAUAUAAAGGAACUGUGGGUGUGGACUUUGCGUUGAAAAUUUUGAAAUGGUCUGAUACACAAACAGUCAAAUUACAACUAUGGGAUAUUGCAGGACAAGAACGUUUCACUUGGAUGACAAGAGUUUAUUUCAAAGAUGCUCACGGGUGUAUUAUAAUGUUUGAUCUAACAAACAAACAUUCGUUCGAAAAUACAUUAAAAUGGAAAAAGGAUGUUGAUUCCAAGUGCACCUUACCAGAUGGAAGCCCAAUUCCGUGUAUGUUACUUGCAAAUAAGUGCGACCUGUCACACCGUCAAGUAGAACAAAUGGCCAUAGAAACUUUUUACAAAGAAAACAAUUUCAUCGGUUGGACUGAAACAUCAGCUAAAGAGGGUCUCAUGGUCAAUGAUUCAAUGAAAUUUCUGGUGGAAGUAAUGAUGAAGCAAGAUGGAAGUCUAAUGGGGAAAGUAAAGAACUCAAAAGAAGAAAAUAUAGUUCUGAUGAAACCUGGUACACCCGAGAGAACGAGGUGUUCCUGUUAGGUCCCAAUACUAAGUCACAUUGAAAAAUCAGGUCAAUAUUAUGAUUCAAUUGUAAUUUUUGUUAGAUAAUACAGCGGACUGACUUCUAAAAGGCUGUAUUGAAAAAAAUAGGUAAUCUCAGCUGUUGAAUACAGUUUACUUUCCAAUUAUUAAAGCUAUUGUAUCUUUUUUUAUAACAGAGCUUAUUUACCAUGUUCUCCAAAAUGUAAUGAUAAUGAUAGAUCCAUUGUAAUCAUAUUACAAAGAGGAGAACAAUACUAUAACAACAUCCAUAAGAAAAAAAUUAAAGUCAAUACAUUUAAAGUACAUUUAUUAUGAAAAUGUUUACCAUUAAUCGUAUGAAAAGUAACUGUUUGGAUGAGACGUUUUCAUUUUGUAAGGUACAAUCUGGAAGGUUCAGAAAGGAAGUUGAUGUAGUAAUUAAAAUAGUCAUUGAAACAGUAUUUUUCUACUGUAGAUUCAUGAGAAUAUAAAAGUAGUUUUUUUAUAAUUUUGGAAAUGUUGUUUUUCACUGAAUACAAUAAUUAAAAAUUGGUUGAUCCUACUAAUCCAACUCAUUGAAUUGUUGUCAAAUUUUGUGACUUAAUUUAAACCUUUUACAGUAGUGAAAUAUUCAAGUACUUUAAUAAUUAGACUACUGUUAUCCAAUGAAUUUCAGCUCUUGUGAGCAGAAACGGAGUACUAUUGAUUCUUAUAGGAGUGUUCACACAAUCAAAGACUACUAAUAUCUGAACACUCCCAUUUGAACUAGUGAUAUUCUCUUUUUGUUUCAGCCAACCCAAUCAAUUAAAGAUACAUCGAAUUGAUAUAAUACAAUUAUGAGGCACAACGGUACGAUUAAAGUAGAACUUUAAAGUAGCCACAACAUAACGUUUUUAGCUAUUUUAUAAUUUGUCAUGAGUUGUGAUUAUUAUUACUAAUAUUUUCUAAUCUCAACAACAUUGUUGCAAAUUGUUCAAAUAGUAAAAAUAGUAAGUAACAAAUUUAUUAAGAGAAGGCUAUUUGCACAGCACCAGAUAACUAAACACUAAAGCUUAAACAGGAUUGACUUAGAAGUUGUACACCUACUAAACUGAAGGAACAGUCGAACUCACACAUAUUAAUUAUAGUCUUUUCCUUUGAGUGACGGUGAAACAUUCUUUUCGAAUAUAGUUGGUGGUAUAAACGCCUUUUCUUUCAAUGGUUUUACAGUGAUUGAGUCGGCUUCUUCCAAGUAUCUGUCCAUCCUUUUUUCCUGGAUACUGAAAAUAAGAAUAUUUCACCGCAUGAGAAAAUUAUUGAAGCUACAACGUUAAAGGACGUUGUAGCAGAGAUGAAUGUGAAGGAAAUCCCCUUCAUGGCUACCAUAUCAUUUACUUUCGUUGCCCGGCAACCCUUGAAAUUGACAUGCUACCAAUUUGUCCAAUAGCUCUUCACCAAUCACCCAAGGGAAGUCAUCGGUUCCAAUUAUACUAAUAUCUUGAUUUAUCAUGAAUGGAUUUAAUGCCUAUGAAUAACAAGUCCAGUUCAGAGCACAUCAAAUAAUAAUUUUCUAAUGAUUCAACAAAAUUCGGUUUACACCAGAACAAAUAAUCAUACAUGGACUGACCAUAGAUUGAACAUGAUUCAGGUUACAAAUAUGUUUGAUACGUUCAUCAAAAAUAGAUUCAAAAGCUUCCUCAGAGCUCAGAAAUUAUUGUUUCAAAUCUAGAUCAAAAUAUAACUUACAAACUAAGAGUACUUAUCUUUUAUUUACAGGUUUUAAGGCAGGCUUAUGGCUUUCAAACUUAAACGAAAUAUUUAACACAAAUUGAAAAGAAAAAUUGAAAUCUACACUUCACAUAUGUUCAAUAACAUCAAUAAAUUUUAUAAAAACAUUCAGAUCUCAAACAAAACAUCUUAAAUUUCAAUUAUUUAGAAAAUUCUCAACAGGACACAAACACUUCUACCAUUAGCCAAACCUUCAACAAUUUUGAGAGAUACGCCUGAGAGAAAUGCCUGAAAGACACGCCUAAAGCUCCAAAGUCAUACAUAGACACGUCAUCAAUUGCCAACCUCACUAAUAAAGAAUACAAGUUUACAAAUAUUAUAUCUAUUAUUCUCUAUAAAACUUUAUUUUAAAACUGUUUUGAAUUUAUUUACCCUCUAUGUUGUUUAGAAUUAUUUGUUACCUCAGAAAUAGAAACUUAUUAUUACUGUAGGUUAUUCAACACUAGUGUAUCUGAUAAAUUCCAGGUAAAAUGUUAAGUCUGCAUAUCGAUUACACCGAUAUUUACUAUCAAGUUUUAUUAAUAUUUUGAAUAUCAAAUUGAAGAUUCGAUUUUUAUUGAGAAAAAAUGUAAUAUUACAAAAUAAAAGUUUGUUACCG